AUGGACGUGUCAGCAGAACAGCUGACCUGGAGUCAGCCAGCACUAACUUUCUAACACGACUCGCUCGGCCUUCUAUUUAUAUCCAUCCUCGUUUAACUCCAGGACUAUUUUCUUCCUCUGACGCCAUGCUCCUGCCACUUGUUUCCUGUCUUCCCUGACUUCAUUUCCGGCUCCCUUCCUUACACAACUCCUAWAUGGAACCCUUGCAAUGGUGGACAUAUUUGCUCCCUUAAUCGCUGCCAUUUACUCAUUCGUUUCCAACAUCAUUCAUGCUUUGAGGACAGUGGUAGGGUUUGAACCUGUUGAUUUGCAAGCUGGUAAGGAUUUCAUGGAGGAGUUGAGCCCCAGACAGCUUGCUCUCAAACAGCUGAAGGACCAGUUCCUUCUGGCUCUGCAGGCCAACAYUGUACGGGAGGUCCUGAAGAUUCUGAACACAGGCAAGCUAGACAUUGACACUGUGCUGGAGGUGGAUGACCCCAGCAUGGUUCUGGCUUCAUAUAAACAAGGAUACUGGCUACCAGGCUACAAACUAGAGAAGUCCUGGGCGACGGCAAUCCACGUGUGUGUGAUGUACAACGCUGUGGAAACGGCUCUGGAGCUCCUUGAGAGGGGCGCGGCCAUCAACCGCAUGCCCAACGGGAAGACGCCCCUGCACGUGGCCUGCGAGGUCUCUAAUGGCGACUGUGUGGCCCUGCUCCUGGCUCACGGGGCAAAGGUCAACAGCCUGUCUCUGAGUGGACACACACCUCUGCACUACUGCACCACCGGGGAGUCUGUGGACUGUGCCAAGCAGCUCAUACUCAAAGGUGCAAAGAUCAACACGGCAAGCAACAACAAUGAGGAGGACACACCUUUACACACAGCUGCCAGAUUUGGCGUUCCAGAGCUGGCGGCUUUGUUGUUGGCCCACGGAGCAUCUACGAACGCCGUCAACUCUCUUCACGAAACACCCCUCAUGACUGCAGCCUUUUGGGCUUUCGACUCCAAGGAUCAGCUUUUCAGCCAAGAUCACCAUUUAGUUUGUCGCCUCCUACUGGACCACCAAGCAGAUCCCAACCUUAAAGAGGAGGACCAUAAAACAGCUCUCCACAAGGCCGCCUGGAACUGCGAUCACGUCCUGAUGCAGAUGCUGCUGGAGGCUGGCGCAGACACCCGAGCCAUGGACAUCAACGGCUGCGCCCCCAUUCAGUAUCUCCUCAAAGUGACAAAUGUCAGGCUCGUGGCCAUCCCUGAGCUCUGCUACCAGCUGCUGCUCAACUACGGCGCAGCGCGAGUCUACCCUCCGCAGUUCCACAAGGUGUUGCAGUCUUGUUAUGACUACCCGAAGGUUGUAGAAAUCAUGAUCAACUCUUAUGAACAUUUAAAGCCAACCAGGAAAUGGAGAGAAGCUAUCCCAGAUGACUGCUAUAAGCGACAUAAAGAUUUCUACGACUCGGUGUUUGCUGUUUGCACCAACACACCUCGCAGCCUGCUUCAUCUCACCAGAUGCGCCAUAAGAGCCAGCCUGCAUGGGUUCUGUCAAAGAGGAGUCCAACAGCUGCCUCUGCCGUCACCCAUGAAGAAUUACUUAUUAUUAGAACCUGAGGGGAUUCUGUACUGACGGAGACCGUAGUGGCAUUACUGCUGCAGACUGUACUUCAGUCCUUUGACAGAGGCUGUUUUAGCCUCUUGGAAAGUCACACGGGUGUCUUUGACUCCGAGCGACACAUUUGGGUUGUUUUACAUCUUUUCAAUGUCAACCUUGACUCCCUGCUGUUGUGCCGCAUUGUUUCAAAAAGGAUCCACAUCCACCUGGCAACCAGCCGUGCUGCUUGCUCUUGAACUCAAAGUAUUCUUUUUUUUAUACAAGUCACACUUGGACCAACCACUCCACAUCAAGUGCUUGCUUUUCCAGCGGACUGCACUCAGCCACGGACACGGUCCAGUUCUCUCAGCUCCCUCACAACAAAGGACAGCUUCCUGUCUAGAUUUAUCAGGAUGUCCACUUGAAGUAGAAGGCAGAUUUGUAACCCAGUUAUUAUUCUUGUCUGUCCCGUCUGAUAACGUUAUCAUCCCCACCCUCAACAGGUUCAACUGGUUUUGCUUGUGCUUGUAAAGCAGCUGGAUAAAAUAAUAAUCCAACGCUAUAAUAUGUGGCAAAGGUGAAAACAGAUGCGCAUUAAAUAUGUUCCUCACAUGACCAAUCAGCCAUUUUUUUGUUUUUCAGCUGCUUCAUCGGUGGAUCAUCUGCCUCGAUCAUAUGAACCCUGUACUCGUCUAAAUGUCGCGUCUUUCACCAGGCUUCUCCUUAACUUGUAUUUUAUACUUUAAUCCACUUUAAAUAUGCGUUUGUGCAAAGACAAGAUAGUGGGAAUGUUCUCUAACUUUGUGCGCUUUAGUACUUUUUUACAGUUUUACAAUCUGAAAGCAAACACCUCAUUAAGCAAACAGCAGAAAGUCAAUACAUAGCAGCACGAACAUUUGAGAAGCCAAUUUUCACAACUGUAGCUCAGUAAUGAAUGUUUGCAUCAGUUUAAUACUGUAAAAACUGUGGUAAGCCUGAAACAAAGCUGCCCAGCUCAGGGAACAUGGUACGGAUGACUGAAGAGUCAAACUUAAAAUAAACCUUUGAGGGUCAAACGCACAAGUGGGCCUUUAAAGAAAAUAACCAAAGUAAUCUGUGUCUCUCAUUACAGUUAUCUCAAAUGUGCAGUUUUUAUCGCCAAGAAAUCUUCCUUUAUUUAACUAGUAGCUUAGCUUCCAUUAGAGUAACGUUUUAUUAAAGUGUCAAGUUGAGGAGAGAGGGCGAAGUACAUCAUCUGGUGUUUUAAGGAGGCUGCUGGAGCGCGUAGAACAGCCUGUUCCUGGGCUCGUGUUGGCAGCGGGCCACCAGCAGCCACUGGACCGAGUCUGAUCCAGUGGCUGACAAACUGAGCAAAGUUUCCAAAAACAAUCUGCGGGAGGAGGAGGAGGAGGGGAGGAAGACAACAGCUCAGCAGAAUUCUUACAAAAAGCAGCACACAUACAUUAGAAACACUUGUUUGUUUUUAUUGUUUUUAAAGAAAACCUAUUUGUCAUGCAUGCUUAUGAGUUCAAACAUUUCGUGUCAUGUCAGACGAUGAUUUAACUGUUAUAAUAAAAGCUGGAAGGAUUCUGAGCGGGAACAGUUUCUGGUCCUUUUCUGUGGCGAACCACACACUCAGCAACAUAACACUUCAAGUGAAGAUCGUAGGGUUAAAAAGUGAACAAGGACGGGAAAAUAUAAAGCAAAAAAAAAACUUAAAGAAGGCAAUCGUGAAAGCUUCAAACUGGGACUCAGAUCCAUUUAGAGUUUUCUGUUUGUUUUUUUCUGAGCUGCUCCUAUGUGUCCACCACAGACAUCAGUGUGUGCAAAUAAAGAUAACAGGAUGGCGGCUGACAAUGUCUUAUAUAACAGUUUCAUAAAAGGACUUUAAAACUUCUCAAAUAACUUAUCUAAAUAUAUAAAAACUCUGGGUCCAGAGAUCAACACAAACCAGAAUACAUUCAAUCAUUUAAAGAGAAACGAAGGCUUUUAAGGUUGUUUUGAGUUCGAUAUCUAACAUCUCUUUUUUUGUUUUUCAGUCUUAUAUUUAGAGUCUGUUUUGUCACAUGGACAGAGUGAGGUCGUAGCUAAAACAAGAAAAAGCAUCUUUGAUCAUUAACGGUCCUUCUGGUGUCGACUAAAGCUGGCAUUUCAAGUGCUUCCCAACCUCUUUACAACUUUGCAUUAGAAAAAAAA